GGGCAAACCCCUUACUUUUUAAAAACACAAUGGCCGGGACCGAGGGGUAGUUGGCCGCGAAACCGCGGGGCCUUCCCUCGGACCUUUGUCUCCGAGGCCCUGGAGCCCAGGGACUGAGAGAGACGCGAGCGCCGAGGGAGGCCGGAACGAAUCCUUCGCGGAACCAUCGAGGCAGGGCCUCUGGGCGCACGUGGAGGCACGGACCGCGCGGGCCGGGCCCGACCCGCUGGGAUGGCAGCCGGGGCGACCGACGCGGGGCCGGGGGUCGCCAUCCCCGUGGAGCUGCGGCGCGAGCAGCGCAUGGUGUGCGUGGAGUACCCGGGCGUGGUGCGCGACGUGUCCAAGAUGCUGUCCACCCUGGGCGGCGAGGAAGGCGUUUCUCGGAUCUAUGGAGACCCCACCAAGAGGCUGGAGCUCUACUUCCGGCCCAAGGACCCCUACUGCCACCCCGUGUGUGCCAACCGCUUCAGUACCAGCAGCCUGCUGCUCCGGGUCAGGAGGAAGACGAAGCGGCAGGAGGGGCUGCCGGGGCCCGAGGCCCACCCUCAGGUCACGUUUGACGUGGAGAUCCUUGGCACCGUCCCCACCAUUUACAGAUUCCAAGGAAUGUCCGACUUCCAGUACCUGGCUGUGCACACAGACGCGGGUGGCGCGCACAAGUCCAUGUACGACAAGGUGCUCAUGGUCAGGCCUGAGAGGGAGGACUUCUUCCACCAGGAGCUGCCGCUCUACAUCCCCCCGCCCAUCUUCUCCCGGCUGGACACCCCGGCGGACUACUUCUACCGCCCGGAGACACAGCACCGGGAAGGCUACAACCACCCCCCCAUCUCAGGCGAGAAUCUGAUCGGCCUGAGCAGGGCCCGGCGCCUCCACAACGCCAUCUUUGUCAACUUCGAGGGGGACGAGGUGCCCGAGCAGCCGAUGGAGGCUGCAGUGCAGACCUGGAGGAGGGUCUGCACCAACCCCAUGGACCGCAAGGUGGAGGAGGAGCUGAGGAAGCUGUUCGAAAUCCGUCCCAUCUGGUCACGCAACGCCGUCAGAGCCAAGAUCAGCGUCCACCCUGACAAGCUCAAGGUCCUGCUGCCCUUCAUGGCCUAUUACAUGAUAACGGGUCCCUGGAGAAGCCUGUGGAUCCGAUUCGGCUACGACCCCCGAAAGCACCCGGAAGCCAAGAUCUACCAAGUCCUUGAUUUCCGGAUCCGCUGUGGAAUGAAGUCUGGGUACACCUCCAACGAGAUGCCCGUGAAGGCCAAGCGCAGCACCUACAACUACAGCCUCCCCAUCACCGUCAAGAAGUCGUCAGCCAACCAGCCUGUCACCAUGCAAGACCUGAAGCAGGGCCUGGACCCAUCCGGGGCAGCUGGCAUGCAGAAAUUGGCCUCCAACAAGUACAAGCUCAAGGACUCGGUUUACAUCUUCCGGGAGGGCGCCUUGCCGCCGUACCGACAGAUGUUCUACCAGCUGUGCGACCUCAACGUGGAAGAGUUGCAGAAGAUCAUUCACCGCAACGACGGGGCCGAGGAGAGCUGCACCGAGCGGGACGGGUGGUGCCUGCCCAAGACCAGUGACGACCUGCGCAACGCCAUGUCCCUCAUGAUCCGGCAGAUCAUCCGCGCCCGGAGGCCUGCCCUCUUCUCCAGCCCGGCCAAGACUGAUGGCGAGGGAAGGAAGGAGCAGCUGACGGGCGAGUCUGGGGAGGAGGAGGAGGAGGAGGAGGAGGAGGAAGAGGAGGAGGACUUCAAGCCGUCGGACGGGAGUGAGAACGAGAUGGAGACCGAGAUCCUGGACUACGUGUGACGCAGGGUCACGUGUGACCCCAGGGGCAAGCCAGGGCUCCACAGCGGCGACGGUCGCCAGAGCAGCCCUGCAGGCGCCCGAGGAGCUGCGUGAGCUGCCAGGGCCGCGCGGGACAGUCCACCAGUUGGCACCAGCGAGAGCCGGAGGUGGAGAUGGUGCCGCCAGGGUGGGGGUCAGCUUGGCUUGGGUCUCAUGACUGAUGGCAGGGACGGGGCCAGGAGGCUGGUGUGUGGUCACAGCUGGCUGGAGCCUGUCCUUGCGUUGGAUCCUCCUAAUUGGGGUUAGCCUGGCAAAGGCAGGCCCAGCUGGCAUUGCCGGCAUUAAAUACCUUUCCCCAGGAGACUUGGUAUUAGAGUGGCUCAGAGCCCCUGCUGGGGGGUGUGGAGGCCGUGGGCUGCUGGACCAUCACUGUUCCUUGGUGGUCUUGUGGGGCGGUGCUGGGACAGCUGAGCACAGGCCUCAUGCCCUCGCCAGGUGGGCCCCACAGCCCAGAGGGCCCCACAGCGGCGUUCAUUCACCGCUCACUGCUCCAGGGCCUCUAGAAAUAGGCCCUGGUCCCACGGCUGCCGGAGCGAAAGGGCAGGGUCUCGGGGAGCCUCCAGGACAGACCAGGGACCCAGGGCUCCGUCCCGGGACCUGCCUUGUAGAGAAGCUGGCCACCCGCCCGCCCAAUGGCCCCACUCCCUGCUGCCAGAGAUGGCACAGCCAGCACUUCUGGGGCAGCUCUCCCAGAGGCAGGCUGGGCCCAGGCCCACACUCCCCACCCCACCCCGUCCCACGUGUUACCCUCAGGGCCUCUGGUCCCCACCUCCAGGAGCGGCCGGUCCCUAUGCCAGCCUGAGGAAGGCAGCCGGGCAGGGACCUCCCCAGAGUCACUGGCACCGGCCUCACUGACGGGCCCCCAGGUCCUGCCACACUUAGAAGUAUCUGGUGACUCCUCACUCAGAACCUGACACAUCCCACUUUGGAAAAGCUUUUUUCUUGUGGAAAAUACCAAGUACCCACCGAAAUAGACAACUGAGUAGAGUUCAUGCUCCAAACUUCUCCCCUGGCAGCUCGCCGUCCUGCUGGAGGCACCCACUGUGCGGCCCUCGGGUAAGGGAGCCUGACCAGCUCGGCUGGGCUCCCUCGGCCGCCCCUCGGCCUUCUGCCUCGUGCUGGACAGCCACGUGGUUCCUGGGGGCAGGGCUUCCUGGGGGCUGCCAGCCUGUGUGCCCGGCGUGCCGCUGCCCCGUGUCCGCUGGGCAUGGACUCCCUCAGACAGCGGGACAGGUGCCCCCCACUGCGGGGCUUAGGAUGUGGCACCCCAGCAAUGGCCAGUGGGGACCAGGGGUGCAACAAACACCUAUCUCGGUGCCCAGAGUGGGUUCUCGACAUUGCCACACCAAGGAAGGUGCGGCCUGCGUGGCCGGAAGGCGGGGAGGACCAGAGGGCAUGUCACAGGACACGGGGUGACGUGAGGCCACUCUGGGAGGCACACAGACACCUUUGGUGAAGACACCUCUGGCCACACGCUGUCGGCAGCGCCAGGGCGGCCCAGUGUCUGAGUGGCAGUGCCUGCCUGCUGUGGGGUCAGCACAGGUGGGUCUGCCUGCACAGACUGCGCCUUCAGGGAAGUCAUUCUAAGGAUUUGCCUCAGUUCUGUGUGCCGUUAAGUCAGUGGGUGAGUUUUACUCGGUCAGCUCUGUCAGUUCAGAACCCGAUACCUCCAGCCCAGUUACCCAAGUUAGCAUAGACUUCUGGGAACCCAUAGACCCUCCACGCACCCAACAACAGUCAUGCAAUCUUCACACAGAAAAACAUGCAAACCCGCCCAUCCGUGCAUACUCAGCAGGGGUUCGAGAAGGGUUUUCCACCAAUGAGAUGCUCCCAUGUUAACACCUUUAUAC